UAGAACGGAAGUAUAGUACUUUUGCUCGUCGGUCCGGUUGCCACGUCGAAUAUAUUCUCAGCAUUUUCGCCGAUUAUCCUGUUUGGAUAAUCCUUUUGAUUAAUAAAGUGCAAGAGCAGAUUUUCUGUUCAGAUAUGGUGUCUGUUAUUAACACCGUGGAUACCUCGCACGAGGAUAUGAUUCACGAUGCCCAAAUGGAUUACUACGGCACAAGACUGGCCACUUGCUCGUCCGAUCGCUCUGUGAAGAUCUUUGACGUAAAGAAUGGCGGCCAGAUCCUUGUGGCAGACCUGCGAGGGCACGAAGGCCCUGUGUGGCAGGUGGCCUGGGCCCAUCCCACCUAUGGCAACAUUCUGGCUUCCUGUUCCUAUGACAGGAAAGUCGUCAUAUGGAAAGAGGAGAAUGGGACAUGGGAUAAAAUGUACAAGUACACAGGCCACAACUCCUCAGUGAACUCUAUUUGCUGGGGACCCUAUGACUUUGGCUUAAUCCUGGCAUGUGGGAGCUCUGAUGGUGCCAUUUCAAUUCUAACCUACACUGGUGAUGGGCAGUGGGAUAUCAAGAAGAUUAAUAACGCUCACACAAUUGGCUGUAAUGCAGUAAGCUGGGCACCAGCUGUUGUUCCAGGCAGCCUCAUAGACCAGCCAACAGGUCAGAAACCCAACUAUGUCAAGAGAUUUGUGUCUGGAGGCUGUGACAACUUGGUCAAGCUGUGGAAAGAAGAGGAUGGCCAAUGGAAAGAAGACCAGAAGCUCGAGGCCCAUAGUGAUUGGGUCAGAGAUGUAGGCUGGGCCCCAUCCAUUGGCCUUCCCACCAGCUCCAUUGCCAGCUGUUCUCAGGACGGAAGGGUGUUCAUCUGGACGUGUGACGAUCCCUCUGGAAACACGUGGACAACGAAACUGCUGCACAAAUUCAACGAUGUUGUUUGGCAUGUGAGCUGGUCCAUCACAGGCAACAUCCUAGCGGUGUCUGGAGGGGAUAACAAGCUGACCCUGUGGAAGGAGUCUGUGGAUGGGCAGUGGGCCUGCAUCAGUGACGUCAACAAAGGACAGGGGGCUGUGUCCUCCAUCGCAGACGGCCAGCAAAAUGAGCAGUGAGACCGGAGCUGGUGACCACCACCUCAUGGAGACCCUGCCUUCAUGUCUAGAGUUGGAAUUCAGAGGUGAAGUUCAGAGGCAGGACUACUGAAGCCUCACUGAGACCACUGAGAUUUUUCUACAUUGCUGAUUUGUCAGUGCCCCCAAAACAUCCAAUUAAUGUUCAGUAAAAAAGCUAGGCCUAGCUAAAAGACAUUGCAUUUCAGUUGUUUUUUUAAGAUGCCUUCCAAAAAGGUUUCUUUCCCUAAGAUAAGUUAACUACAUUUUUGUGGUUGCAUUUGAGGGGCAUGUGUGUAAAAGAAGAUUCUAGCCAAAAAUUCUGCAGACUGGCGAUAUGAAAGUUACAAACCUGGAUUUUGUCUUUCAAGUGGCUUAGUACACAUUUUGAAUAAAUUCAUUCAGUGCCACUCAGAUUAAAAAAUAAAUACAUUUUUAUAACUGAA